AGGACAUGUGUUAUUUAUAUCGGCCAGUAGACAACAGCACGGCUAAUCUACAAAAGGCCGUCCAUCCGCGCCCCAUUGUCCAGCUGCAUUCGGGAUCCCCUCUCUGUUCCGCUCGCCUCCGUCCAGCAGUCCAGCAUGGCACCAAAGAAAGCAAAGAAGAGGGCGGCCGAAGGAGCGAACUCCAACGUCUUCUCCAUGUUUGAACAGGCUCAGAUCCAGGAGUUCAAGGAGGCAUUUACCAUCAUGGACCAGAACAGAGACGGAUUCAUUGACAAGAAUGACCUGAGGGACACGUUUGCAGCUCUAGGGCGGCUCAAUGUGAAGCAGGAGGAGAUUGAUGACAUGCUGAAGGAGGCGUCGGGUCCGAUCAACUUCACCGUCUUCCUCACCAUGUUCGGAGAGAAACUCAAAGGAGCCGAUCCAGAGGAAACCAUCCUCAACGCCUUCAAAGUGUUUGAUCCAGAGGGGAAGGGAAUCCUCAAGAAGGAAUAUGUUACUGAGAUGUUGACCACGCAGGCGGACCGGUUUUCUGCAGAGGAGAUGGAGCAGAUGUUCACCGCAUUCCCUCCAGACGCUGCGGGAAACCUGGACUACCGGAAUCUGGUCCACAUCAUCACUCACGGAGAGGAGAAGGACCAGGAAUAGUUCCCUCGACCCUCAGCCAAUCACGGCUCUCCCUGCUUGUUUGUACCCGCCCACUUGUUUAUAACUGACAGGCUUGAAACCGAGAUCAAAGUGGAUGUAGUUACUGGAACGAGAAUGUUUGGAUUUUUUUUAACGUAUGAUGAUGUUGUGUUGAUGUUCGCACCUUUGGCAUGUAACCUGUCAAAAUGUACUUACAAAAUAUUGUAACUGGUAAAUAAAUAAAUGGAUAUGAAAUAUG